GCCAUUCGGUAUUUCUUCCGCACCCGCUAUCUUCCAGCGCAAGAUGGAGAGCCUGCUGCGAGGAAUACACGGCGUACAAGCGUAUCUCGAUGACGUCAUUGUCUCGGAGAGAAGAAAGGAAGACAGGAGCGUGCUCAAGCAGGUGCUGCAGCGUUUCAAGGAGAACGGAGUCAAGCUGCACAGAGGGAAGUGUAACUUCUGGCAGGACGAAGUCUGCUAUCUCGGGCACCGCAUCAACAAGGACGGCCUACACCCUACGGAAAAGAACCUGGCGGCUAUAAUGGAAGCAAGGAGCCCGAAGAACGAAGUUGGAACUCACCGUAGCCCAGGGUUUGCUCUACUGGGGGCACCGGGUCGUCGUGCCACAGACAGCACGUGGAGCGAUGCUAAAAAUGCUGCACGAGACCCAUCAAGGAGCACCGGCGAUGAAGGCGGUCGCGCGGACACUUCUUUGGUGGCCAGGGCUCGAUGGAACCCCGUAGCAAGCUGUGGCCCGGAGAUCCAGUUUGGGCCCGGAACUUCGGAGAAGGAGAAAGGUGGUUGCCAGGGACGGUAACUACAACGACCGGAGCAAGGAUGGUCUCAGUGGACACACC